AUGGGGUACGAAAUCAACAAGCUGAGCCAAAUGCAGGCUUCGGCAGUGCAGCUACACGCGAAGAGUCAGAUUCACAUGGCAGCUGUCAAAGCAUUCGAAUCUCCGGACUUGCCUUUGCAGGCACUCUUACCGCGCAGCAAAUGUGAUGCUGACUUGUUGAAGGGCGCCGUGCCCCAACCGGGCGAUUGGUUGGGGGCGUUUAGAGCAGCUCAAUCACCAGUGUCAUUUCUCAAAGCAGAGAAACAGUGUCAGACAGCUGCUUAUGCUUCCAUACGCUCAACUUACAGCAAGAGGCGUCAGCUGAAGCAGAUGACUUCCAUCAUGGUGGAGGUGACACGUCAGAGGAAGCGUCAGGCCAUUUUGAAUGCUGCUCACAUCAGCAUUGCCAUCGACGACCGUUCGCCUUAUCGGGUGGUGCGUUUUCGCACAUGUCGUCCCAGAAUCCAAAUCCAGGGCGAGGAGUCGGAGUCAGCGCCAGAGUCAGCUUCGCCACUGGUAGAGGAGGGCAUUUUGGCAGUGCUGAAUGGGUGCUUGCCCGUGGACAACAUGGAGCAGCUCGACGAUGACUAUUCAGAAAAGCUUGCAGAGUCAAUGAAGACGGCCAUUCAGCGCUUGGCAACUCCCCUAGGGUCAGAGGCCGACCAGAGUGUCAUUAAUGCAUUCUACGAGAAGGUGACAUCGGUGGCCACAGAUGGUGCCAAGUCUAUGCGGAAGGCCGCACUGAUCAUGGAGAGUCAGAUAUUCCCGAACAUGCGCUUGGCCCUGCCAGAUCGGGCACAUCAGAUACGCAGAGCCUCAAUACCGCUGACUUUGGAAAAUCGUUUCAGAACUUUCUGGGACAACGUAUUCUCCAAGCGUCACGCUCUGGUUCCUGACCUGCAGAACUCCGCACAAUGGCAGAUGAGGUUUCAGACUAUGGAGAACGAGCUCAAGGGUCAGAGUCAGGAUGAUGAGUUGCCUGGUGGGUUGAAGAAGGCCCUGCGAACCCUUUCGUUCGCAAAACAAAGGUUCGAUUCAAUGGCAACGCCAGCGUCAAAAUUUGUAGCUUUGGUACAACCUUUCGCACUCUUGUUGGCACACCAGAGCACAGACCAGCGUCUAGACCCGCAGGUCCGGUGGCGCUCGCAAGAGAUGCUGCAAGCAAUGGAUGCAGAACUUGUGCUCGUUGCAGGCUUGAGCGCCGACUUCUCUGGCGAAGUGUUAAGAUUUGUUCGGCAGCAUGAUGUCCGGUCCCACGACAUCAGCCGGACACUGCAGGAGAGGGACGAGUUUCUGCGCAGACUGGACAAGCUUUUCAUCCAGGGUCAUAUCUUGGACGAGAGUACAGAGUCAUUUGCCCACAUGGCCUGUCGGAAUGCAAUUUCGGCUGGCGCCAUACAGUAUGGGAACCGGAUGCAUGAUCUUUGGGGACCCAUGGGCAAGAAGAAGUGUCAGGACAUCAUGUCCUCUGUGCAGGCUGUCACCGACAGUUGCAGAAGCCGUAUCGUGACCGACAUGAGUGCCAACGACCCUGAAAUGGCCUUUGCAAUUUUCAACCUGCAGGGUUGGUGUCAGGGCAGAGCUACAGACCCGGAACACCGUGAAAGGCGCUUCAAGAUGCUGAAGCAGCUAUGCCGACUUCUCAAACUUCCAUAUGAGGCAACAAAACUAGAGUUCGAGGGUGUGCUUGCAGAGCUUCUCGAGGAUACUGACAGUGUCAAGCAGGCUGGUGCGAAUUCCGACAACAGGCCGCUCUGGGCCAGGGCGCUUGGAGAUGGCAAGCCGCUCAGUCAGUGUCACGACGAGCUUCAGUACCUGCCCGAGCUCCUGGCUUUCUACCUGAGUGUUUUGGAUGGUGAAUGUGGCGUGGAAAGAGACCUGGCAAGCCUGUGCAAGACGUUGGAACAACAUCAGGGUCCCACAGACGCAGAAGCCCUGACAGCGUCAGAAUUGCUGGAAUUGCGCCUGGAUGGACCAAAGACAGAGUCAGAUGUAUUUACUCAAGUGUCAGUGCCAGCGUCUUCCAGCGGUCCAGUUGCUGUGGGGGGCACUGGCACCCUCGAGUUCACCGAUUACAGCCGGGCUUGUGCUCGACUUUGGGUUGAUUUUUUUGGGCGCCGUUUCGCCUUGUACAAGAACCUUGCCCCUGCUGAUAGAAGCGAGACGAGAACAGAUGUCGGUGUCAAGCGAGGCCCAAGAAAGGGCACAUUUGCUGCCAUCCUCGAGAAGCAGAGACAGAGCAUCAAGCAACUGGUGAGCACAGGUGUUGGAGUCAGAGCCAGGAAGUCCUUUGUCCGGAAAGAGUGUCAGAGGAUGAAAAAGAACCCAGCAUGGAAUGCAAAGUUGGAGAAGUUCCACAAAACAACUCAGAACAGAGCUGAGCAGAGUCAGUUGAACAGGAUUCGACUUUUUCAAGGGCGGCCAGCCACCAAGCCCCAGGUGAGACAGGGCCGCGUGUUCGAGAAGACUCCGCAGCUGACCCCAAAAGUGACAGCGUCAACCCUUGUUCUGGACCUUGGUAAGAAAAGUCCUCAGACAAGCUGCUGGGGCACCAUGCACAGACCGGCAAAUCCAGAGAGUGUCAGUUACAAGGAGAUUCGCAAAGCACACAUUGUCAUUGUGGAUUCUGUUUCUCGUGUGGAGCAAGGCAUGGUGCAUCUCUACAUCAGUGUGGUGGCACUUGGCCUUGGUCUUGUCACUUCUGCCGAUUGGGAUCGGGUGGAAAGCCGAGAGUCAAGAAUCCGAUACUACGACCCUUCGUGCAGCAGCGUCAGUGCCAAGCUUUACAUUGCUGAUUCCUUCAAUGCUGAGUUUCCGAGCACAGCGAAGCUUCUGCGGCAUCACUGCCAAAACAGAGAAGACUCUUGGACCAGUGUCAGCCGAAGGGAUGAUGCUGACUACUGUGUGAAUAGUUUCGAGUCACUGCACAAUUUUCUGGUGCAUGUGAGAAGGCUGUCCAAGAGAAAUGCGCCUGGCACCAGACCUGGUCAAGGGUCAGGAUGGCACUUUGGAGUUGCUGUGCCACUCUUGAAGAAGCCGCCCCGGUCUGGCAGACAAAGUGCAGAUUGA